AUGGAUCUUGGGAAAUUGGGGAGGAGGAAAUUGCUACAGAAAUUGAGGAGGCAAAAAACUAGUUUGAGAUGGGCUGCUGAGGGUGAUUUCAACACCAAGUUUUUCCAUUCCUCUGUCAAUAAGCUUUUGUCAACAUUGAUGAAUAAGUUGCCUGAAAAUGCUGAUUUCAGGCUUUAUACUGUUGACAAGCCUAGUCCAGUGAUAACACACCUCUCAUAUGUUGAUGAUACCAUUCUCUUCACAUCUGGAGAUUUGGAAUCUAUUAGAUUGAUGAUGCUCAACUUGAAGAUUUAUGAAGAGACCUUUGGACAAUUUAUAAAUAAGGAGAAAUCUUCUUUUCUGGUUGCUCCAAAGGCAUUACAAAAUUUCAUAGAGGAGAUUAAGAUGAUGAUGAUAGGUUUUCAACAUAAACAUUUUCCUAUGACAUAUUUAGGUGCAACAAUUUAUGUAGGAGGGAAGAAAGUGUGUUACUUCAAUGAUAUGAUUACCAAAGUAACUAAUAGAGUGCAGGGAUGGAACAAUAAACUUGUAUCUGCUGGAGGAAGAGCUAUUUUGGUCAAAUCAAUAUUGUAUUCUCUCUCUAUGCACAUCAUGGCUGCAGUAGACCCUCCUAAGUCCACACUCAAUCACAUUGAAAAGGUGAUCAGUAACUUUUUUGGGGAGAGUUUGAAGGCAAACUAA